GUGGACUGGGGCUAGAAUCCAACAUGGCGGUUGUGUUGUGUUUUUUGUUAUGUUUUUUGUCUAUUGCUCAUCCAUCUACUAAAGCUCAACAGUUUACUUAUACUCAUGAUUUUAAGUAUUCCUGUCUCAAGACAUCACAAAUAUUACACAUCAAUCUUGGAAGUCGUGAUUCGUCACAGAAUGUCACGCCAAUCCAGAGCUGCCGACCUUCAAAAGAACAUGAGGAUUGUCCUACAGGGCAUAAAAUGUGCUCUUCAAGUCCACAUUUCAUCCAGGGUAAUGAAGACCAUUUUAUUAUUCACUCUGAAAAUGCAAAGGGUCUUCGUCUAGUGAUAACCCAUGAGUCAACACAUACUAUAUUUAGCACAGGAGUUAAAGAUAUUGACGAAAAAGUUGCUAGUGGCAUGAUGCUGUUGAAUUCAGCUGACUUUGAUGGAGCUAUCAAGCAUUUUACUUCAAUUAUCAAGGAUCACCCUUGGGUUGCCAGUGCAUACUUUGGUAGAGGAACAGCUCAUGUCAGGAAAGGAAUACAGAACAAAGAAAAUGCUGAUGCAGCUAUAAGAGACUUCUCAUCAGUAAUAGCUUAUCAGCCCAAGUCUGCUGAGGGAUGGAUACGUAGGGCUGAGGUUUACUCACCAUUGGGUCGAAUCCAAGAAGCUCUUGCAGACAUUACAACCGCAUUAGAUCUACAACCAACCUCUGAGCUGUAUUUGAUGAAAGGAACUUUGCUAUUUAUGUCAGAGGACUAUGUUGCAUCAACCAAAAUGUUUGAAAAAUCUCUUGACUUAAAGAAGCAGCCUGCAGCUUUACUGUAUUUAGGAUUGUCAAUGUAUCACAGAGGACUGGUCAAAGAAGCAAUUGUCUGGUAUAAAAAGGCACUUGAAGUUAAACCAAACCUUGCAGAAAUACAUCGCAACCUUGGCCAUGCAUACAGAGAGCUUGGAAAUGCUGACAGUGCUUACAAACAUUUCUCCUCAGCUUUGUUACUUGAGCCAGACAGUGCACCGACUUUCCAGCUAAUUGGUGUUCUGUUGUAUAUGAAUGGGAAAACUGCUAAAGCACUAGAAAACUUUAAGGCCUGUCUUCGACUAGAACCACAGAAUGCAGCCUGUGUCUAUAUGGAGGGACUGUGUUAUGCUUCACUUGGGAACUUCUACAAUGCUGUCAGAGCUUCAACAAGAAUCAUUGUUGAUGAUAGUCCUCCAGAUUUAUCUCAGGGAAUCACAGUAAAAGCUCAUUAUCUUAAAGAAUACUCUCGAUACCUUCAUUCCUAUCUGGACACACCUAUGACUGAUUACUCUGCUGAUCUUGCGUUGGACGGUCGUCUGAGAGACCAUUGGGUCAAGAGCUUGCCAUUUAGUAUUCAGAAUUACACAGAACAACCUGGAAUACAACCACAAAUAAGGGAAGUUGAGAAUGUAACAUUUAGGGACUUUUCACCACAAGCACAGGUUCUCCUGUGUAAGUCAGCUAUCCUAGGUCCAUUAGUACAAUACCAUACUGAUGGCUUUCUGCCUAAUGUUCGUCAUCAAAGGGCAAUGGGCUUGGCUAUUAUAGAUGUAGCACAGGUAGCCCGUCAAUUCUUCAAGGUAUCACGUAAAGGGCAAGCAAAGAUCAAGCUGACAUGGAGGGACCUUUUUGAUGUGGCUAUCAAGUGGCGCAGGGUUGUGGAUCCAGAUCAACCUGUUCUGUGGCUGGAUCUCAUGCCUGAUAAGAGUGUGAAGGCAGGAUUUAAUGUACAUAUGACACUAGUUAAAGGACAAAUGACAAACAUAAGAUAUGCAGAAUAUUUUGAUAAAAUAUUUCAGUUUACCAAGACAAUGCUCUUACACUUCUACAAAAUGGAUGAGUUUACUACUAAAGAUUUCAAGCGAAAAAUUGAGAAGUCAAAAACUUGUGAAGAUUUGAUUAAUGUAUUGAAGCUUCAAAACCCGACAAACCCCCAGCCCGGUCUGAUGCUGUCAACUCAUGUCGCAAGUUUGAAGUCGGGUGGAAAGAGUAACCUAGACGGGAUUAUGUUAAUGUUAUCAGAAGGAAGUGGAGGUAACCUUGUAUUUUCUAUGGACACUGCUACUACACCAAGCCGAACUGCAUCUUAUCACUCAGAACUGGAAUAUAUAUGGACACAAAUACAACUCGAAGCAAGAAAACCUUCUAAUAAGGAGAACGAUCCACUAGGUCAGUAUAUCCUGUCAUUGGCGUACUACUUCUUCAAUCUAAUGCCGUUAUCAAGAGGAUCCAGUGCCGUGGCGUACACUGUUGCACUUGGGUUGUUUUUGGCUGCUGGUAGAGAGACCACUGGCAAAAUCCCUAAAGGAAAGGAAGUAGAUCUUGAGGCAAUCAUUGGUGGUACUGCUGAUGUCUUUUCCAAGCAAGUGAAAGGGUGGCUUGGUCUUAAAAAGCCAUCCAAACCUGUUUCAUCGUGGCCAUCAGUUCAAAGUACCUUCCCUACACUUAGGACAUCUUUAGAAGCAUUAAACGUUGAAUUUACCGACACUGACUGUCGACAAGCCAAAAACAACCAUGGGAAUACUGCCAAUUGAGUAGUAAACCAGUGUUCAGUUCACUUGAACUGAGAUCGGACAAUUAUUUCACUUAGSUUCAAAUGUUCUAAAGUUGAAUUGAAUAAAGUUUGUUUUC